CGGUCAUUUUGAAAUUCUACGCUACUACUCUACUUUACAACAGAAUGUUUGUGUUCCGAAUAGAAUACUAGAUUUGCAUCAUUUAACACCUUUGUUUUUCGGGCACAAAUGAUUUAAAUGAUUGUAAACUUUCACUUGUUCCGGAGUUGUCACUGAAAGCACUAAUACUAUCGACCUCUAUCUUCUCACUUUGAACUCCCUGGAGAUUCCUAAUGGAAACUCUACAGAAAACUGAUGGGCGGCCUGAAGAAGGAGCCUCAGCAGAUGAUGGAAGUCCACAAACAAAAUAUCGCUUGGAUCACAAUUCAGUUAUUGCGUUCAAAAAGAUGAAUUCAUUUCGUAAGAAAGGUCAGCUUUGUGAUGUGGUUAUUAAAGCUGAAGGGCGCGAGUUUCUGGCUCAUCGCGUUGUUUUAGCAGCUUCUAGUGAUUACUUUGAUGCCAUGUUCUCAAGUGGAAUGGCAGAGUCAGCGCAGCUAGAAAUUGAGCUUAAGUCUAUUUCUCCUGAAAUAAUGGAUGCCUUACUGGAUUACGUGUACACUGGUCAAGUUCGUGUAAGCAUGGACAAUGUUCAAGAUCUACUUCCAGCUGCAAGCCUUGUUCAAAUGGAAGGUAUAAAAGUUGCCUGUUCUAAUUUCCUGCUGACCGAAGUCGAUUCUACAAAUGUUCUUGGAAUCAGAAGAUUUGCUGAACUUCACAAUUGUAUUGAAUUAGAAAAAUUUACUCGAAACUAUGCAGCGUGUAAUUUUGAGUCUGUUGUUGAUUCUGAGGAGUUUGUAUGUCUCACACAUGAGGAAUUGCUUGAUCUUGUUUCUAGAGAAGAUUUACAAAUUGAUAGUGAGGAGUCUGUUUAUAAUGCUGUAAUGCGAUGGGUAUACUAUCAGCCCAAUGAAAGAGUGGCUAAUCUUUUCCCCUUACUUCGAAAUAUUCGUCUCGCAGCGAUUUCAGUCCGUUUUCUGACAGAUGUUGUGGAUAAAGAUCCUCUUAUUCGUCAAUCUCUGGAAUGUCGAGAUUUAGUAGAUGAUGCUAAACGAUUUCAUCUAAGACCAGAUUUACGUCAUGAAAUGAGAGAUCAGCGAUUCCGUCAACGUGACAGUGGUAAUGAAUACUUAGUUGUCAUUGGUGGAUUCGGAUCUGAUGAUGAUCCUUCUGACUCUGUGGAAACUUUUAAUCCACGAACUUUGGAAUGGGGUGAACUACCCGAUCUACCAAUCAGUUAUCGUUAUGUAGCAGCCUGUUCUUUAGGCACUUGUGUUUACGUUAUUGGUGGUUGUAAUCGAAGCGAACGACUAAAUACAGUAUACUUUCUUGAUAUUGCUCAGCAAGAGGAAGGCUGGCGAUUACUUACUCCAAUGCAUUACAAAAGGGGUCUGUUGGCUGCUUGUACAAAUAAAGGUUUAAUUUAUGUCUGUGGUGGUUUCGAUGGUCAAUCACGUCUUCGAUCACUUGAAGUUUAUCAUCCGAAAAUUGAUGAAUGGAGAAUUCUCGAAGAGAUGACUACAGCACGUGAAGGAGCAGGUCUAGUUGCUGUUGACGAUAUCCUCUAUUGUUUAGGAGGUUAUGAUGGAUUUCAUUUGCUCAACAGUAUGGAGGCUUUUGAUCUUCAUUGUGGCACUUGGUCGACCUGCAAACCAAUGUAUAUGCGUCGUUCAGGAGCUGGUUGUGCUUUAUUGGGAGAAACUAUAUAUGUAUGCGGUGGUUACGGUGGUGCUGAAGGUCGUGGUCCAUUGCAUUUGGAUUCUGUGGAGGCUUACAAUACACGAUUAGACCAGUGGACAGUGAUUACAAGUAUGAAUGUGCCGCGUUGUUAUGUUGGUGCUUGUCCAUUGGCUGGCAAGAUAUAUGUUGCAGCUGGAUACAAUGGAAAUCGUUUAUUGGAUACCGUAGAGUCCUAUGACCCUAUUGAAGAUACUUGGUGGCUUCAUGAGGAAAGUAGGAUGAAUCAUGAACGAUGUGAUACUGGUAUGUGUGUUGUCCGUUUUCCGGUGUUUUGUUCUAGGCAAAGUACACCUACCACAGUUACAUCUACAUCAAGAAAUUUUCUUACUUGUAAUAAUGUUCAAACAUCAUUAUCAUCAACUGUUUCAUCAGUUUGUACAAAUCCUCAACCCACACAAAGUCAGUCAACCAAUACAGUCCAGUCGAAUGAUUCUAAUGCUGGUCGAGUUAAUACAAUUCACAUGAAUCCACAUAUGUCAACAGGUCAUACCAAUCUAGUGUCGUCUCAAGGUAGUCCAUUUUCUGCAUCCAGUCGUAAUGCAUUAUCAGCAGUGGUUAGCGAGUCGAACUACAAUGUUUCACAACUAAUUAACCCUUCAACAAGUGUAAACACAUCCGUUGCGAACUCCCAGUCUCCUGGACAUUCUCACCUACCUUCCACCAAUCGCAGACCAUAUCGUCAACUUGGAAAUCAUACUUCACGUCCAAAUAAUCUGUCAAGCACUGUUGCUGUCGAUGGAAGAGAUAUGCGAAUCUCUAGACCACCAAGACAUUUACUUUCUUUAGCUGCAUCUACCUUAUGUCCAGGCACUAUGAAUAUUUGGAACCCCAGAAGUAUUCGUUUUCCUUAUGUUCCUAGAGGAAUGCAUCAUCUAAGAAAUAACAGGUCACAUAUUUCAUCUCUAUCACGUCAUUCACAUAGUAUUUUGCGCUCUAAUGCUACACCUUUAUCACAUAUGUCUGAGCAAACAGACAAUCCAUUUUUAAAUAAUUUUGAUACCCUUCAUCUUAAUAUGGAUAAUGCUGGUGAAAAUUAUAAUACUCAGACGAACGAGUCUACUGGUAAUUCGGAGUUUGAUUCAGCACAACAAACGGAUCAGCCAACAGACUCUGGAAAUAUGGACGUCAAUGAAUUAUGUUCUCACAUAAAUGAUCCUCAUUUCGAUCAGCCAACUAUACAAGGUUCUCAACUUCCUGCAUCUGAGAGGAGCAGUUGCAGUAGUCUUACUCUAGUAUCCAGUGGACGUAAUUGUUCCCGACAAUGUGGUUCAUCCUCAUCAUGCAAACAUGAAUUGUUUAGAUCUGUAGAUGCAAUCAAUCAUCUAGGUUCCGAUAGCAUAUUUCAACCCAUAUCUGAUACACCUACAUUUUCUAAUGGAGAAACCUCAGAUGCUAUUAAUUCUUCACAAGCCAUCACCUCUAAUGAAGAUCCACUUCAUAUAACAAUGACUGGAGCACAAGGUGACAAUGGCUUUGUAAAUGUCGCCUCAGAAAUCGUUCAUAAUAGUCGAAGUGUUGGUGUAGAGGGUGAUAUACCUGAUGAACAUGGUAGCACUAAUGUAUUUGGUGAUUUUAAUCAAGAACACAGUGAAUGGGAAAAGUUUUCUGAUAUUCCUAUUCACAGACUACGUAAUAUUAUGAACAGUUUAACAACUAAACCAAAGGAGUUACUAUCUAGUUUGUGUACUUCAUCGUCAAAUGAUCCUACUGAUAUGCCAUGUGAACAAACAUGUGAUGUAACAUUAGUUUCUAAUCAUCCAUCUACUUCUUCUGUUCCUAUUCCAAUUGCAAAAGUUAAACCAUGUCCUUCUACUGUUACGGAAAAUGCAUGUACAACAACAACAGCAGCAGCUUUCAAUUCUCUGUCCCCAACACCACAAAAUACGCCUCAACGUUUGAAUGAUUUGUCAACUUGCCAGAUUAAGCAAACGUUGGAUACAAUAUAUCGUCGUUAUAGGCCUAUUAUGCCGCAUUCGUGUAAAACUGAUCCUAUAUGGCCUUUUAGAUAUAAUCCUGAUAUUUGUCAAACACAACCUAUUCAUCAUAAUGAUAAAGUGUGCAAUCCAUCAAGUGAUCAGAAUGUAUCAUCAUCGACAGUUGAAAUGAAUGAUUCGAGAGAGCAUUCGACAGGAGAAGCUCCACAUGUUUUACUUGGUAACGAAGUAUCUCAUUCUCAGCAUCUCAGCUCAGAUGACUCUGCAGUUAGAAAUCUAUCUGAAGACCCUGGUCAGACUGGUGUUUCUGUAAAACCAGAUGUUACAUGUACAACUCCAGUUAUGGAAUCUGUGCAUUUAACAGAUACUCUUGGAUUCAAUUCCUCCAAUCUUAGUGAUCCAGUCAUAGAUCAACCACAGAAUUCAGUCAAUACAACACCUAAUUGUGAACCUGAUAUAACCUUAUGUACAGUGGCGUAUGGAUCCAGUAAUUUAAAUGGCAAUUCAGAAACACAACCAGAUUUACGAUCUGAUGGUGAAGGAGAAGAAGGAGAUGACUUAGACAGCGUUCAACGGAAUCCAGCAGUUGGUCAAGUUGACGAUGAUCUAUAAUAUUUAGUUGUCUUUUUUUACCUAAUAUUAUUCAUCAUAAUUUGCAUCCAUAUUUACUGACUUAAGUUUUUUGUUGUCGUGCAUGACAUUGAUUGUAUUUAAUAUCUUUUAUCUAUCUAGUUUUCAUUUUCUAAUACUGGUAAACUGAUUUUCAGGGUGUUUUUCAUUGGUUCUCUAUACACUACUCUUCAUCUUGUUUCAUUCUCUUUUUUUUGUUACCUUACCUUCAGAGUUAAUCUGUGAUGCGUAUGCGUUCUGAUGAACAACAUGGUUUUUAUUUCUCGGUUCUAUCUUUCUGUAUGCAUAUAUAGUGUUCUGUACAUUUCUUACUUCAGACAAAGUACUAAUUUCAUCAUCCUCAUUUUUCAUUUUGUUUGUUUUCCCAUACACAAUUGAAUAAGACAAUAAGAAUAACAGUUUUCCAGGUUAAAAUGCAUUCAUUUUUAUUUCAUAGUCUUCAUCUGUUGUACGAACCCUGAAUAUAAUCAGCCUUAUUAGUAUGUCUUGAAUAAAACUCG